AUGUAUAGAACUCAAUUAAUUAAACAACAUCAACAAAGAUUAUUAAAAAUUAAAUCAUUUUCUACUACCAAUAGAAAUUUAAAAUUUAGUGAAAUUCCAUUAGCUCCACCUGAUAAAAUUUUAGGUAUUACAGAAGCUUAUAUUAAUGAUUCAAAUCCAAAAAAAAUUAAUUUAGGUGUUGGAGCUUAUAGAGAUAAUUCAGGUAAACCAAUUAUAUUCCCAUCAGUUAAAAAAGCUGAAGAAAUUUUAUUAAAAAAGGAAACUGAAAAAGAAUAUACUCCAAUUAUUGGAUCAAAAAAUUUUCAAUCAAUUGUUAAAAAUUUUAUUUUUAAUAAUUCAAAUAAAGAUUCAAAUGGUAAACAAUUAAUUGAUGAUGGUAGAAUUGUUACUUCACAAACUAUUUCAGGUACUGGAUCAUUAAGAGUUAUUGCUGAUUUUUUAAAUAGAUUUUAUACCAAUAAAAAAAUUUUAGUACCAAAACCAACUUGGGCAAAUCAUGUUGCUGUUUUUAAUGAUGCUGGUUUAAAACCUGAAUUUUAUAAUUAUUAUGAAACAAGUGUUAAUGAUUUAGAUUUUAACAAUUUAAAAAAAUCAUUAGAAUCACAACCUGAUGGAUCAAUUGUCUUGUUGCAUGCAUGUUGUCAUAAUCCAACUGGUAUGGAUCUAACUAAUGAACAAUGGGAUGAAGUUUUACAAAUUAUUCAAGAUAAGAAAUUCUUCCCAUUAGUUGAUAUGGCAUAUCAAGGUUUUGCAAGUGGUAAACCAUAUCAAGAUAUUGAAUUAAUUAGAAAAUUAACAAAAUUAGCUAAUGAAAAUAAAAUUCCAACAUUUGCAUUAUGUCAAUCAUUUGCUAAAAAUAUGGGACUUUAUGGUGAAAGAACCGGUUCAAUAUCAAUUAUAACUCCAUCAAAAGAAGAAUCAAAAGCAAUAGAAUCACAAUUAAAAAAAUUAAUUAGACCAAUUUAUUCAUCACCACCAAUUCAUGGUUCUAAAAUAGUUGAAGUUAUAUUCGAUGAACAAACUGGAUUAUUACAAGAAUGGUUAUCAGAUUUAGAUAAAGUUGUUGGUAGAUUAAAUGAUGUAAGACAAAAAUUAUAUGAUAAUUUAGAUAAAUCAAAUUAUAAUUGGGAUCAUUUAUUAAAACAAAGAGGUAUGUUUGUAUAUACUGGUUUAAAACCUGAACAAGUUAAAAAAUUAAGAGAUGAUUAUAGUGUUUAUGCAACUGAUGAUGGUAGAUUUAGUAUUUCUGGUAUUAAUGAUAAUAAUGUUGAAUAUUUAGCAAAUGCUAUUAAUGAAGUUAUUCAAGGUUGA